AAUAAUCAUGGGCCAGACUGGGAAGAAAUCUGAGAAGGGACCAGUGUGUUGGCGGAAGCGUGUAAAGUCAGAGUACAUGCGCCUGCGGCAGCUCAAGAGGUUCAGGCGAGCUGACGAAGUCAAGAGUAUGUUUAGUUCCAAUCGUCAGAAAAUUCUGGAAAGAACAGAAAUCUUAAACCAAGAAUGGAAACAGCGAAGGAUCCAGCCUGUGCACAUCCUGACUUCUGUGAGCUCAUUGCGCGGGACCAGGGAGGCCAUUCACCUGCUCUUCCCUCUACGAUUUUCCAUAACACAGUUUUUACUUGGAACCAGCCUUCUGCCAAGAGUCUCAGUUUGGUUGUGUACUCCUACAACUACUAUUUUUGGCUUGACUUCCCUCUCCAGCUCCCAGUGGUCCAGCCACACAGUCGCCUAUUGUACCAGCUGGUUGAUUGUUCGGUGACCAGUGACUUGGAUUUUCCAACACAAGUCAUCCCGUUAAAGACUCUGAAUGCAGUUGCUUCAGUACCCAUAAUGUAUUCUUGGUCUCCUCUACAGCAGAAUUUCAUGGUGGAAGAUGAAACUGUUUUACAUAACAUUCCUUACAUGGGGGAUGAAGUUUUAGACCAGGACGGGACUUUCAUUGAAGAACUAAUAAAAAAUUAUGAUGGAAAAGUACACGGGGAUAGAGAAUGUGGGUUUAUAAAUGAUGAAAUUUUUGUGGAGUUGGUGAAUGCUCUUGGUCAAUACAAUGACGAUGAUGAUGAUGAUGAUGGAGAUGAUCCUGAUGAAAGAGAAGAAAAACAGAAAGAUUUAGAGGAGAACCGAGAAGAUAAAGAAAGUCGCCCACCUCGGAAAUUUCCUUCUGAUAAAAUUUUUGAAGCUAUUUCCUCAAUGUUUCCAGAUAAGGGCACAGCAGAAGAGCUAAAGGAAAAGUACAAAGAACUCACUGAGCAGCAGCUCCCAGGUGCACUUCCCCCCGAAUGUACCCCCAACAUAGAUGGACCAAACGCGAAGUCUGUUCAGAGGGAGCAGAGCUUGCACUCGUUUCAUACGCUUUUCUGUAGGCGAUGUUUUAAAUAUGACUGCUUCCUACAUCGUAAGUGCAGUUAUUCUUUCCAUGCGACACCCAACACUUACAAGCGGAAGAACACGGAGACGGCUCUGGACAACAAGCCUUGCGGCCCCCAGUGUUACCAGCACUUGGAGGGCGCGAAGGAGUUUGCUGCUGCCCUCACUGCCGAGCGGAUAAAGACGCCCCCGAAGCGCCCGGGCGGCCGCAGGAGAGGGCGGCUCCCCAACAACAGCAGCAGGCCCGGCACCCCCACCACCAGCGUGCUCGAGUCCAAGGACACAGACAGUGACAGGGAGGCGGGGACCGAGACCGGGGGGGAGGGCAACGACAAGGAGGAGGAGGAGAAGAAGGACGAGACCUCCAGCUCCUCAGAAGCGAAUUCUCGGUGUCAAACACCAAUAAAGAUGAAGCCCAAUGCCGAGCCCCCCGAGAACGUGGAGUGGAGUGGCGCUGAGGCCUCCAUGUUCAGGGUCCUCAUCGGCACAUACUACGACAACUUCUGUGCCAUCGCCAGGUUGAUCGGGACCAAAACAUGUCGACAGGUGUAUGAGUUUCGAGUCAAAGAAUCCAGUGUCAUAGCGCCGGCCCCCGCCGAGGACGUUGACACCCCUCCCAGGAAGAAGAAGAGGAAACACCGGUUGUGGGCUGCGCACUGCAGAAAGAUACAGCUGAAGAAGGACGGCUCCUCCAACCAUGUUUACAACUACCAGCCCUGUGACCACCCACGGCAGCCUUGCGACAGCUCGUGCCCUUGUGUGAUAGCACAAAAUUUUUGUGAAAAGUUUUGUCAAUGUAGUUCAGAGUGUCAGAACCGCUUUCCGGGAUGCCGCUGCAAAGCCCAGUGCAACACCAAGCAGUGCCCGUGCUACCUGGCUGUCCGAGAGUGUGACCCCGACCUCUGUCUUACUUGUGGAGCUGCUGACCACUGGGACAGUAAAAACGUGUCCUGCAAGAACUGUAGCAUUCAGCGGGGCUCCAAGAAGCAUUUACUGCUGGCACCAUCUGAUGUGGCAGGCUGGGGGAUUUUCAUCAAAGAUCCUGUACAGAAAAAUGAAUUCAUCUCGGAAUACUGUGGAGAGAUUAUUUCUCAAGAUGAAGCAGACAGAAGAGGGAAAGUAUAUGAUAAAUACAUGUGCAGCUUUCUCUUCAACUUGAACAAUGAUUUUGUGGUGGAUGCAACCCGCAAGGGUAACAAAAUUCGUUUUGCAAAUCACUCAGUAAAUCCAAACUGCUAUGCAAAAGUGAUGAUGGUUAACGGCGAUCACAGGAUAGGGAUUUUUGCCAAGAGAGCCAUCCAGACUGGCGAAGAGCUGUUUUUUGACUACAGAUACAGCCAGGCUGACGCCCUCAAGUACGUGGGCAUCGAAAGAGAAAUGGAAAUCCCUUGACGUCUGCUACCUCCCCCCUCCUCCUCUUGGAACAGCUGCCUUAGCUUCAGGAACCUCGAGUACUGUGGGCGAUUUAGAAAAAGAAAAUGCAGUUUGAAAUUCUGAAUUUGCUAAGUACUGUAAGAAUAAUUUAUAGUAAUGAGUUUAAAAAUCAACUUUUUAUUGCCUUCUCACCAGCUGCAAAGUGUUUUGUACCAGUGAAUUUUUGCAAUAAUGCAGUGUGGUACAUUUUUCAACUUUGAAUAAAGAAUACUUGAACUUCUCCUGGUCGUUGUCAUCUGUCACACAGCUUCCCCAGCUGAUUUUAGAAAAAGACGACUGAGUGAGCCUAAU